AUGUCUGCUCCUCCUCUCCAACUCUCCUUCCUCCUGACCUCCAUCAUCAUCUUCAUCUUCAUCUCCACCGCCACCGCCACCACUCCAAUCCCACAUCUUCCUCCUCCACCACCGCACUCGUCCUCUGAUCUCUUCGCCCCCAUCCUCGCCCAACUCGGCUUCCGUGAACUCGCCUCCGCCGCACACUCCCUCUCCACCACCACCGCCACCCCCUCGUGGCACGGCCCCGCCACCAUCUUCGCCCCCACCGACUCCUCCCUCCUCACCUGCCCUUCCUGCUCCCUCCCUCUCCUUCUCCAAGAACACACCCUCCCCGGCCUCUACUCCCUCCCCUUCCUCCUCACCCUGCCCUUCGCCACCAAAAUCCAAACCCUAGCCCCCUCCCCCCUCUGCCUCACCAUCUCCUCCGACCACAAAAACCACCCAAAAAACCCCAAGCUAUUCGUCAACGGCGUCGAAAUCACCCGGCCCGACCUCUACGCCGACAGAAACGUCGUUGUCCACGGCAUCCAAGGCUUCGUCUCCCACCUCUCUCCGCUCUCCUGCGUCAUCGAGCGAACCACGUCGCUCUCCUUCCCUCCGGCGCCGCCCGUAGCGGAGUUCCACCUCAUGGCGUCAAUGCUCGACGACGCCAUGCUCCGGCUCCGAAUCAGCGGAUUCAGUAUUCUCGCCCUCGCUCUCAAAAUGAAGCACUCGGAGCUCCUGGAGCUGAGGUCGAUGACGUUGUUCGCAGUCAACGACGUCGGGAUCUUCGCCGACGACGACGGCGGGCAGUCGUUCGUCGAGAACCUGAGGAUGCACGCGGUGCCGGACAUGAGGCUGGCGGCGGCGGAUCUGGAGAGUUUGGCGGCGGGGACGGUGUUGCCGACGAUGGAGUGGGGGGAGAGCCUGGUGGUGACGACGGCGGGCGGAGGAGGGCCGUUGGCGCCGAUGAGGAUCAAUUACGUCAAGGUUGCGAGGCCUGAUUUGGUGAGUAAUUUGAAGAUCGUGAUUCACGGGCUGGCGGUGCCGUUCGAGCGUGUUAAUCAGACGGAUGCGGUGGGUUUGGCGAGGAUCGGACGGUGUGGUUUUAAUGGGGUGGGAUCCGAGGUGGAGGGAAAGGGUGGGGUUUGUGAGAAGGUGGGCCCAGUUUCCGGGAAGGAACCGACGGUGGAGAUUGAAGGGCGUCAUGGGCUGUGA